AUGCCGCCCAGUCAGUCAGUGUGGGAUCCACCGGAGAGGAUGCUCGGGGCGCGGGCGGCAGCUCUUGGAGGAUGCGUUCUCCCGCGGGACCGCGAGAAGGCAAGUGAGGACAGGGCCAGCGACGUGAGUGUGGGUGUGGUUCCGGUUCCCACAGCCGCUGCCGCUGCUCGGAAAGCUGCCGGUGGCCACUUCUUCUCUCUCCGCCGAGCGCUCCGCACUGAGGGUGAAGCAAGAGGGUGUGAAGACAGCAGAUAUGAAUCACCUCUUUCUAAUCUUCACCUUUCUGACAGUGACUGGUUUCUUAAGAUAGACAUGGCUGCUUCAAAAGAGGAGGUUUUCCGAAACAAGACGGAGAGCUUAAGGCCCAUGCUUACUGUCCAAUACCCAAAUUUCACCCGGGAUUCUGCUGAGCAUGAUCUCAUGCUCAUCAAGCUGAAGCAGCCCCUGAAGCUCAAUAGCCAGGUGAAGCUGGUGGCUCUGCCCAAUACUACGGAUGACAGAAGAGGGGACACAUGCACCGUCUCUGGCUGGGGCUGGAAAUGGGAGAAUUCCAACACAGACCCUGAUAUCCAGAUAAACCAGACUGUCUUUUGGUUCUCUGAUGAAUACUGCCAAGAGUCUCCUGUAAGGCAAAUUCCUGUUAAAAUCACAGAGAACAUGUUCUGUGCAGGAUCAUCUCUGGAGAGCGCACACACAUGUAAGGAAAUGGCUGCUGCCCCAAUCCUGUGCCAAAAUCAGCUCCAAGGGAUCCUAUCCUGGUCAGAUGGGUGUAUUCUGAGAGGUGACAUUGGCUACUACACCAAGGUUGCCCACUAUACAGACUGGAUUCUCAAAGUCAUCCACACCAACUGA